AUGUCAAAUAAAGACUUGUUUAAAAUUGAUUUUGGACAAAAAUUCGAAUAUACUUCUUUUGAGAAUAAGACAAAAAUCGGUAAAGGAGGGUUUGGUGUUGUAUAUAAAGCUUAUUUAAAAGAUAUAAAACAAACUGUAGCUCUGAAGAGUUUAGAUUAUGAUAACGAGCAUUCAUUUAACAAUUUUGUUAGAGAAGUUAAAUACACUGCUAAAGUUAAUCACGAUAAUAUAAUACAAUUUUUUGGAAUUACUCAAGGCAUUGUUGAUCCAGAUAUCCGUCCCGAAAUUAAGGAAAUUUGUAAUAGAUUAGAUCAUAUGCGGUUAGAACCAGUUUAUCAACAUAUUAAUUCGAACACUUUGAACUAUAAAUUUAAGGGUAGUGCAGAAGCAACUAUUGAAACAGCAAUUCCAUUUUUAAAAUUUACAUCAAUUAUAGACGACAUAAUAAAUUUUACUGGAGAAAUAGAACAGAUCUAUCAGUCAGCAGAACAUAAUAAACAUAUUAGUAAAUCGUUAUUUGAAAGAAUUGUAGCAAUAGAAACAUCACUUCGAUUAUUAAAAGCAUAUAAAGAUGAACACAAAGAAUUUUUUAAUAAGCAAAAUUUUGUAGCAAUGCAAAAACUUUCCGAUAAUAUUCAAAAGAUGAAAAAUUUUAUUAGUGAAAUAACACAAUUAAAAGGAUUGCUAAAAUAUCAAACAAAAUCAAUUCAAACUAUAUUUUAUGAAUUAACAACAGAAUUUAACAGUUGUAUAAAUACGUUAAAUUUUAUUAUUACAGAUAGCGCGAAAAUUCGUACAGAAAAUGAAAAAGAGAUUAUAGAUAAUGAUCUCGAAGAACUUAAUCAGUAUCUUUUCAAAAUUGGCGGCGGUAUCACUGAUGAAAAUAAUAAUAUAAGUGAGGCUGUCAAUGAAAUAAAUGUGGUUAAAAAACUCAUUUUGGAUUCAAAAAAUAAUCGAGAACAAAUCCAACAAGCAGUUGAAGUUCAAAAUAAACCGCUUAAACUUGCUGAUUUUAGAGAAACUGAUGAAACACGUGGAAAAAAAGUUAGAAAAUAUAUUCGACAGGCUGAUAACAAAACUGUUGCUUUUAAAUACGUAGCUGAUGAAUCUGAUACUACAAACGUUAAGAAUGAUAUUAGAAAUCAGGUUGCUAUUCUUAUGAAGCUUAAGGAUUGCCAUCAGAUAAUUCAAUUUCAUGGUCUUAUUUCUGAUGGAGAAAGAUGCUACUUAGUAUCUGAAUGGGCUAAACAUAGUAAUUUACGAGAAUUUUAUGUGAAUUAUGGUGGUCCUAUUGACGUCAGAAAAAAAUUAAAUAUCGCAGUUGAUAUUGCUAGAGGAUUGAACUUUUUAUUGGCCGUAGAGAUAGUUCACCGAGACAUUCGGCCAGAGAACAUAUUGAUAACGGCGGACGAAACUGCUAAAAUUACCAAUUUUUCACUUAGUAGAUACUUUAGAGAUAAAACAAGGAAAUUAGAUGUAUCAUUACAAACUGUUCGUUACUCUGCACCUGAAAUGUUAUAUAGAAACAACAAUAAAUAUAAUACUAAAUGUGAAGUCUAUAGUUUUGGUAUACUUUUAUGGGAGUUAGCGGAACAAAGAAUUCCAUAUGAAGAUCUAAAUGAUAUUAUGGAAAUUAAAAAUCGUGUAGAUAAGGAAAAAUAUCGAGAGCCAUUUACAGAUUAUUCUAGUUUACCAAAAGAAUAUAAAGAUAUUUCUAGAAAAGCUGUUGGUGCUGAUCCUGAGUUUAGACCUACUUUAACAGAAAUGUUUAAAACUCUUAAAAAUUUUCUUGAACCAUUAAAUCCUCCAAACUUACCUAACAAAGUACCUUAUAAAACUGAUGAAGCUCCGCCUAUAUCGCAUACUCAUAAUAUUCAAGAUGAUAAUCUUCAAGUUACAGAGAUUAUUAAUUUUGCUGAAUUUAAUUAUAUGACAAUAAAAGAAGCCUCAUCGACUCAUCGUGUUACUAAUGGAAACUUGGAGAUGGCAUUCAAAUGUUUUAAUGCGGGAUUUAAAAUCGAAAUAUUUUGUUGGUUAUUAUCUUUACAAAAAACUAAUAAAUACACCUAUACUGAAAAAGAAAGAGAAAGGCGUGCAGCACAAUUAUUUAAAGAAGUAGCAGAUGCAAGUGAUGAAGUACCUGAUGCUCAAUUAAAAUAUGGGUUAUGUUUAUUUCAAGGUACAGGUGUUGAAAGAAAUUUUUCAGAAGCUGCAAAAUAUUUUAAAAAAGCUGCUGAUAAUGGUCUUGUAGUUGGAAUGUAUAAUAUUGGAAAUAUACUUUAUACUGGUCUUACUGGUGUUAAAGAUGAAAAAUUAGGUAUAAAAUAUAUUAGGAAAGCUGCUCAAAAUAAUUAUUCAGAUGCUAUUGAAUUUUGUAAAAAGAACAAUAUUUCUAUCAUUUAG